AUGGGUUUAACAGAUAUGAUCUUCAUCAGAUUAUGUUUCAAACACAUGAUGUGGGUACUCAUUACAACCAUUCUCCGGACCAGAGUGGACGGAGAAGAUGUGCGACUGAUGCUGUGGGACACCGCAGGUCAGGAGGAAUUCGACGCCAUUACCAAAGCCUAUUAUCGGGGAGCCCAAGCCUGCGUUCUGGCUUUCUCCACGACCGACAGGGACUCGUUCGAAGCUGCUCAUUCCUGGAAACUCAAAGUGGAAAACGAAUGCGGCGAAAUUCCUACCGUCAUUGUACAGAACAAGAUAGAUCUUAUGGACCAAAGCGUCGUGAAUCCGUCCGCAUCAAACGAUUUAUCUUGUUGUUUUGUUAGUGAGGAAGCGGAAUUGUUGGCACGAGCGCUCGGAUGUAGACUGCUGAGGACGUCCGUCAAGGAAGACGUCAACGUGGCCGCCGUGUUCCGACACCUGGCAGCGAAAUGUCUGCAAGAACUGCGGGAUCCAAGGGACGAUUACUUCACCUCCCCCACACCACAUCAUCCCAACUCCCUCACCAUCAGUAAGCUCUCAAUUCUUAUUGUUUAA